UGGCCUACUACUUGUUGUUGAACCUGGCCGAGGAAGAGAAAGUGGAGAUGAAGAUGAGAAACAAGGGAGUGGUCCGUUUGUUGGUCUCCACACUGGACAGAAAUAACUUUGAACUGCUCAUUCUGGUCGUCUCCUUCCUGAAAAAACUCAGCAUUUACAUUGAGAACAAGAAUGAAAUGGUUGAGUUAAAUAUUGUGGAAAAACUGGCCAAGUUGAUACCAUGUGACCAUGAAGACCUGCUUAAUAUCACCCUACGACUUCUGCUCAACCUCAGUUUUGAUCCAGACAUCCGCAGCAAAAUUAUCAAGUAUGGUUUGCUGCCGAAGCUGGUCAACCUGUUGAACAAUGAAAAUCACUACCACCUGGUUCUGUGUGUACUCUACCAUAUCAGCAUGGACGACAAGGCCAAGACAAUGUUUAUCUAUACAGACUGUGUGCCCCUUGUGAUGAAGAUGCUACUACAGAGCCCCGGCAAGAUCGACAUCAAACUGAUGGCCUUAUGCAUCAACCUGGCCGCCAACAAACGCACAGCUCAGAUCAUCUGUGAAGGUCAGGGUCUCAAGAUGUUGAUGAAGAGGGCGUUCAAGUUCACGGACCCCUUGUUGAUGAAGAUGAUCAGAAAUUUGUCACAGCACUCCGGCUCCACCAAGGCUCUCUUCAUAGACUACAUCCCUGACCUCUGCGACAAUAUCUUGAAAUGGAAGAAUGGAGACUUCAGCUUGGAGUGUUUGGGUAUCCUAGGCAACCUGACCAUCGCUGACCUUGACUACGCACUGAUACUGAAAGAUUAUGCAGAUUUGAUUCCAUGGAUCAAAGACAAGUUGCAGCCAGGUGCUGCAGAGGAUGAUGUGGUUCUGGAGGUGGUGAUCCUGGUAGGAACCAUCUGUAACGAUGACGCCUGUGCCCGACUGUUGGCAGAAAACAACAUUGUUCAUCUUCUCAUCGAACUUUUGAACGCGAAACAAGAAGAUGAUGAAGUCGUCUGCCAGAUUGUUUAUGUGUUUUAUCAGAUGAUCUUCCACGAGGUCACCAGAGAGAUCAUUAUUAAAGAAACUCAAGCCCCGGCCUACCUGAUUGACCUGAUGCACGACAAGAACGCAGAAAUCCGUAGUGUCUGUGACAACACCUUGGACAUCAUUGCUGAAUUUGAUGAGGAGUGGGCCAAGAAGAUACAGCUGGAAAAGUUCCGCUGGCACAACUCGCAGUGGCUGGAGAUGGUGGAGUCGCGGCAAAUGGACGAGUUCGCAGACUCAGGCUAUUUGUAUCCUGACGAGCAUGACCUUGACCCUUAUCUGCAGGAUGCUGAUAUCCUGGACAGGCCCGAUCUUUUCUACGAGGGCUAUGACAGCAGCAUCAUGAUGGACGGACACUUGACGCCCGAGUACAUCGAUGAUGCAGGCAUCAACAGUGAUUUCUACUCCCAUCAGUUUAACUAUGAUUCAGAGGAACCCUAUGCCAGACCCGAAGCUCACCUUGGAUUUGUGCAGGACGGCCGUGACCCCUACAGGUCAGACUACGGCCCGUACCUUAACGGAGACCGAGAUGAGAACCCGUACUUAAGAGAGAUGAGUUAUCGCUAA